AUGGAGCCCCGACAAGUAGAAGCACCUGAUGAUGCUGACGAUUGGACGGGCGUGGCGAGCGCCGCCGAAAGAAGGAGACGACAGAACCGGGUCCAUCAGAGAGCCUACCGCCAAAAGAGACAUAUGAAGCGCAUUGCACUCAACAGCACUGCAACUCCAUCUGCAGCAGAACCCCGGGCCGAGACAUCUCUUGUACCGGCUGCAGCGCCUAACAAGCGGAGAUCCAUGACUCCAUCGCAGAUGCAGGAGAUGCUUGGGAUAUACUACUUGCUCAGGUGCUCAGGCAUACGCGAGAACGUCGCCGAAUUCCUUAAAAGAGCCUCUUCGAACUGGACCUUGGGGGUCCCCACACCCAGAGAUCUCCCUGCUCUUACGAGGGUCAAUGCAUUCGACGCGCUGGCGAGAAACGCACUGGUACUAGGCAUUCCGGUAGACUUGAUCGAGAGUGAUGAUGGCGACUUUCUCUUCAUACAUCAAGGCCCGGCGCGGCCCGGGUCAUCUAACGAGGUCCUCCCGCCCCAUCUCUCGCCGACAGCGCUGCAGAGGACUGUGAAGCAUCACCCGUGGCUGGACCUCUUCCCAAUGCCAAAGAUGAGAGAUAACAUACUUCGUGGCAUCGAAGCGGGCGAGGUAGAUGAAGAUGAGCUGUGCAACGCUUUAGUAUGCGACCUCUUGGACUUGGAUUCGCCCUCCAAGUCAUCGCUUGUCAUAUGGGGGGACGCUUGGGACUUGAAUGGAUGGGAGUUGGGUCCGGAAUUCUUUAGAAAAUGGGGCGGGCUACUGCAGGGCUGUCCUGAAAUGCUUGCUGCUACCAACUACUGGCGACAAAAGAGAGGGGUAGGAAAGAUAAGGGAGAUCUGCUCGGGAGGCUCUCCGGUGUUGAAUGUAACAUGAUUAUGAGACGGCGGUUCCCCUUAUCGUUCUCGGUAGGAGACUGCAGAUCCAGCAGAGCCGUUGGGAGCAGCUUCGAGGGCCCCAUGUCUAACAGCUCAUCCC